GUACAAAACAAUGUAAUUUUUGUUACCUAAUCAAUACUAUAUCCUAUUUUAACACAAGUGAUUGCCUUUAAUUUAGCAAUGUUGUGUGGGUCUUGUGAAUCAUCUUAGGCCUGGAUGAAAAUGAUGUUGAUGAAACGAGAUUGACAUCUCCAAGUUAUCCAACGUAACAGUUUUACGGCCUACCAGGCUUUACUGGGAAAAUGGCUGAGAAGACAACAAAAGUGGGAACUCGUGUUGAGGUCGUUGGGAAAGGAUUACUUGGGACUGUUGCCUAUGUCGGAACAACGUUGUUUUCAAGUGGGAAAUGGGUGGGUGUUGUCCUUGAUGAAGCCAAAGGAAAAAACAAUGGCACAGUUCAAGGGAAGAAAUAUUUUGAUUGUGAGGAGAAUAAAGGCAUCUUUGUGCGACAGUCUCAGAUCACUCCGAUCGGGGAGGCCUCACCUCCUGGGCCUCAGCCAGUUACUAUGAAACCAGGGGUGGGAGCUACCGCAGAAAAGACGGAAAGACGCAAAUCUGGAAUUCGCCCACCCAGCAAUAUUGCUAAAAGACGUUCAGUGGCAGGUAGUGAGAAUUUGGCAGAGAUACAGUCCACGCCUGUCAAAGGUAGCAGAGAUGGCGGAGAGAUGUCCAAAUCUAUGUCUGCAAUUCCAACGCCACGGUCCAAGCUGGUUAAGGAGACCACCCCUGCCGAGGAGAGAACACCCAGCAGGGGUAUACCAGUACCUAAAACAACAGCAGUCUCUGCAGCAGUGACUUCCGCACCUGCACCUGCACCAGCACCAGCACCCACUCCCACCCCAACACCCGCGCCUGCACCAUCCAUUCCUGUGGCCUCGCCGGCACCAGCUGAUGUGCCAAGUGUGUCAAAUGUGUCAGCGGCAGACAUCAGUGCUAUGAACACAUCCAUCAACGACAAGAUGCAGUCGCUACAACAGCAACAGGAGAUGGACGGACUGAACGCUGAGAUUAAGGACCUUAACGAAAAGCUGGAGACUUUGAGACUAAAGAGACAGGAAGAUCGGGCCAAGCUGAAAGAGCUGGAGAAGCUCAAGCUACAGGUGUUACAGCUCCAAGAAUACAAGACUAAGUCCUCAGAGAAUCAGUCGGACUUACUCAGACAGCUUCAGGCUGCCAAGAAGGAAACCACUGAUGUCCAGGAGGCGUUUGACCGUUACAAAGAGGACCUGGCUGACCUGUCUGAGACGAUUGAAAUAGCCACACUGGACAAGGAGAUGGCAGAGGAGAAGGCUGAGGCUGCUCAGCAGGAAGUGGAGGCCUUGAAGGAGAGAGUGGAGGAGUUGACCGUAGACCUGGAGAUCCUCAGAGGAGAAAUCAGUGAGAAAGGCACAGAAGGUGUAGCAGCGACAUUCCAGAGCAAACAGCUAGAACAGCAGAAUGAAAGACUGAAAGAGGCUCUAGUCAAGAUGAGGGAUUUGUCAAACAAUGAAAAACAUGAAAACCAGAAAAUGACUAAACAGAUUGAGAAAAUGACCUCUGACCUCACAGCUUUGAGGAAAGAGAAGGAAAAAAGAGCGGAGGAAAUAGCCAAACUGUCCAAUGAGAUUAUAGAGCUGAAAGAGCAGGUGGAUGCUGCACUUGGUGCAGAGGAAAUGGUGGAGCGAUUGUCGGAGCGCAAUCUUCAGUUAGAGGAGAAAAUACAAGAGAUGGAAGAAGAGAAGGCAGAUCUGGAAGCCCUGAAUGAAAUGAAUGAGGAGCUACAGGAGAAUGCCAAAGAAACAGAGCUGGAAAUCCGUGAGGAACUUGACCUGGCUAAUAGCAAGAUCAAUGAGCUUGUGAGAAAGUUGAGUGCCUCACAGGAAUCCAUGGCCGACUACGAGAACACUAUCUCAAAGUUCAGAGAGCUGGUUGCACAGUUACAGGCACAGAAUCGGGAGCUACGCAGCAAACAGUCUGAAGCAGAACAGAAAGCAGAAACACCCGUCAUUGAAAUGUUUGACUACAAGUCCAAGUCUGCUGACAUCAAGGCAUAUGCCAAGACGGUUGACAUGGAGCUGAGGAAGUUGGAUGUUCAGCAGGCCAACCUCCAUGUGCAGUUCCUACAGACCUUCAUGCCUGACUUUUUCAUGAACAGAGGAGGUGAUCACGACGCUGUGCUGGUGUUGUUGUUGAUUCCUCGUGUUAUAGCCAAGGCAGAGUUGCUGGCUUCUCAGGUGAAAGAGAAGGUUAUUUCAAAGAAGUUUGAAGUGUCAGAUACAAUCGAGCGUGAAGAUGUGCUGAAGAGCCACAAGGCAGAACAGUGUAGUUAUGCUAACCAGAUGGUGAUGAUGCUGAAUCACUUACAGGGAAUACUGAGACAGUACGACAGUGCCCUGAAGACAUGCUCUGUGGACCUCUUCCUGAAAAUUGGCACUCUCCUGCCCGAGAUGGGGGCCCAUGAGAAAUCCGUGGACUACUUCAUAGAUCUGCUGAGGAAAGAUCAGUUGGAUGAGACUGUAUCUCUGGAUCUGCUAGACAAAUCCAUCAGCUAUUUCCAGCAACUGUACAGUGUAUUAUUAGCCAAUGAGAAGGUAGAUUGUACAACUCUGCUGUCUGACCAAGUUAGAGUGGUGUUAAGUGCAUGUGAUGCCAUCUCCACUGACAUCGCACGACUUAAAAUACUGCUUCAGCCUGGCCAGGAGCAAAGUGAGUUCUCCAUUUUGCUGCGAGAUCUGGAGACUUGUAACACAGAUACAAAGACAUGUGCACGCAAGAUUAGAAGACGCCUGCCACAGCAGGAAGGCUCGGCUACAGCCACGCCUCUUAUGUACCCGAAAGAGAUAAAGGACUUGCUCAUGGACUGUGGCAGCAAUGUUAUCCGUGUCGCUAAAGUGUUACAACUUGUGGGGAUAGGGGCCAUGCAGCAAGCUCACCUUAUGACAGGAGGCCGCUACGAUUUGGAGUUUUACGAGGACAGCGAUGGUAUCAUGCCGAAGAAGAUGGAGGAGAUAGCUUACCAGUCUACUGACAAAGUGUACAGAAAAGAAGACAAUGGGCCAUAUGAAUGUCUCCGGUUAUCAUUUGGCCAGGUGGUAGGGACCAUGAACAAGAUAGCUUCUGCCAUGGAGAAUGGAGAGUACGAUUUUGACGGGACACAUGAGAAGAAGCCAUUGCCACCAGUGAUGAUGAGAGCAUCAGCUGUGAAGAGCCAGAUUUCUGAUAUUGAGGUCAUGAAAUUCAAGCUGGAUGCCAAGGACGAUGAUAUCAAGGAACUGAAGAAACAACUGAAAAUGAAGCAAGAAGAAAUGUCAGAACAAAUGAUAAGGAUGGGGCUGGUGGAGAAAAAGUUGGAAAACAACUCCAAGGAUGGGGAUGAUCGUGUGGAAAAGAUUCAGCGUAAACUGGAUGAGGCCAAUCUUCAGCUUAAGAAAAAAGAAAAAGAGUACACAGAGACCAUGGAUGCUUUGGUAGCAGACGUGGAUGCGCUGGAGCAGGAAAAGGCCGAACUCAAGGAGAGGUUGAAGGUCCUGUCCAAGAAGACCCUCCUGGAGGGAAUUUCCCGCCAGUCCAAGGACUCUGCUGGGCAGUCACCCACAACUCCAACCAGUCCAGGAGGAAGCCCCUUGCCGGGACCAUCUAUGGUGAAAGAUUCACCCUUUUUGUUACAACAGAUCCAGAAUCUAACAGAGGCACUAGCCCAUCUCAAACAUGAAAAUGCCAGAUUGAGAGCAGAGAAAAUGAAGUCCCAGCUAGCUAGUCUGCCACCCAUGAGGGUACCAAAACGCCCAGUUGGUCUUGUCAGCUCUAAGGAAGGUCCGGGCACUAGUGAGCUACCUGAUGGAACCCCUGGCAAGUCUGAGCUGACCUCAUUAGCUAUGAAAACUGCUGCACUACGCAAGGAGGCAAUUCAGUUAAGCUGUACACCUAUGAUAGUGGAUAUCUCCAAGCAGAAACCAGGGACAGAGCCUUUAUCUGAGCCUCUGAAACAGCUUGUGAAGAGAACAACACAGUUGGUACAGAUACAAAGGCAGACUGCAGAGCUGCAAGUGGAGGUCACUCAGUUCUUGGCUGCAAACCGCACUGGAGGUCAAGUCAGGACAGAUUUCUCUGCUUUCCCCACACCUCAGUAUGCAAAGGUUCUACAUGAAAAGUGUGUUGACAGUAAGCUUGUUGGCAUGGUAACCAUCCCAUCCCCAGGGAAGGCAGAGGUCAUUCCAGUGCACAUUCAGCCUAACAUGAUGAGAAAGUUACAUACGUAUUUCCAAAUGUAGCUCUGGUGUCAUUAGCCUGUGUUCUUGUGAUCUUUUGUACAGGAAGUGCUCUCAGUUAAGUUAAUACAGUCAAAUCUGCUUUUAGAUAAACAUAAAAACAAAAAGCUAUCCAUGACAGAUGUCCUUAGUUGACCUUGAAACAACACAGCGCCUGUUGUUUAUUGCUGUAGACAGGCUUUCAAUCCAACCAAUAAUUUGAUGUUGGAAAAAGUUAAUUAAGGUUGAACACCUUCUUGGACAACACUGUUGCUAUGGUGACAAAACAUUGGAGCUUCACCUUUGGUCAGUUUGACAAUGUGUAAACAGCUGUCUUGUUAGCCUACCCUGUAAACAGCUGUCUUUGUUAGCCUACCCUGUAAACAGCUGUCUUGUUAGCCUACCCUGUAAACAGCUGUCUUGUUAGCCUACCCUGUAAACAGCUGUCUUGUUAGCCUACCCUGUAAACAGCUGUCUUGUUAGCCUACCCUGACCCAGGCUGGUGCAGAAUGUCAAUGUUUGCAUCACUUUUGGUAACUUCGUCAAGACUAGUAACAUUGAUGUUACAGGUAAUGGUAAAUGUAUUCAACUGAAGCUCAAAAGUGACCCACACAAGUGCUCAGGUAGAGAAAAUUGUUUUCUCUUGACAUCACUUCUGGUUUGAAAGGGAUUGAUUCGUAAUGAGAACAGUGACACAUUAUUCCUGAUGGUUAACUAAAAACAGUCGAUGGGAUGCUGAUUUGUCCUAACAUGCUUUGGUGAAGAAUUAGAAGAUUAUUUUCAUCCUCAUUAUUUAUUUUUUUGAUUGGUGUUAUACACUGUAUUCAAGAAUAUUUCACUUAUACAGUGGCGGACAGCGUUAUGGUGGGAGGAAACUGGACAGUGCCCGGAGGGAUAUUCAUCUUUGUGAAAAACUGUGUAAUGUGUUUGUGCUUUAUGGGAACCAUAUCUCAGUCGUAGAUGAACUACAAGUCAAGGCUGAAUGGAUCAGCUUCACUGUUACAGUGGUGGUGUGGCAUUUUAACAAAGAGUCCCAGGGUAAUGAGGUGUCAGGCAGGCAUGUAGAUGUACUUCAGUAUCCAAGGCUCUUCAGUCCUGAGUAGUUUUCCUAGCUCAAAAAGAAAACAUAAUUUGUAUUUACAUGUAAAUGGAGCAAAUAUUUUGGAGGUAAACUGCCCAUUGAUUUACUCAGUGUAAAAUGUUGAAUUAAAAACUACAGAGAAGAGAAAUUAGAGAAAGUAUUAGGACAAGUAAACUGCUCAUUGUUGGUAUACUGGAGACUCCAGUGAUGUUCGACCAUUAGAGUGAAAACACCAACAAAACCUGUGAAUGGUUUACAGGCUUCAACCGAAGCAGAUGUAACCACCCUAAAUGACCUACAAACAGCUAAUUAGUAACAUUUCCAGGCUUUGAGAGUUGGUUUUAGAAAGGUAUUCUGAGGUUUGUUUGGAAGGUAAGAUCAUAUCCUACAGGGAAAAUGUAUGGUCCAGAACUGAAAAUAAGUUUUAUGACAUUUAUUUGCCUGUAAAAAAAACACACUUUCUUGGAUCAUUUAGGAUUUACUUUUUAUUUGUGAGUAUUGGAUUAAAACUAAAUACAUCAUACAGGUAUGCCUGGCUCAUUACUGAUAUACUCCAAGGAGAGUUUACUGAAAUACACCAGUGACAGGAGUGACUGUGACAGGUUUCAAACAGCAGAUUUGACUAGAUUAACUUACCUGGUGCAAAUAUUCAAUUAAAGCUACAAAGAAAUUUAAACUUGACAGUGUAGUUUUUAUCAGGGGCCGUGGAAUCAUUUUGUUGUUUUUUUUGUUUUUUUAUUUUUUUUUUCGUUUUGAUAUGGUUGAGGUCUUGGGCAGUGUUUGGAGAACUGCUUAGCUUCUGUCAACAUUCUCUUGGGGGUAUUAGAAUGAAGCUAGUUCUACGAUGCAAUGUCAUUAAAUAUAUUUAUUGAGGAAGUAGAUUGCUAUAGUCGAAAGAUGUCAUUUCUGGGCAAGAUAGCACGUUAAAAUACUUGUUUGGAUCUUGUGAUACUGACGCUUGCUAAUGAAUCAGCUUUUGCGAUUAUAAAGCAAAAUUCACAAAAUAUAAAUUAAGAACUCUGUAGAAAAAAAAAUCAAGAUGAAUAAUUGAUUUUGUCCAAUCGCUGUGCAUGUAUUUCAUCUAGUCUGUGUAUGAUGUUGCUUGAAUAAAGACGGUACACAAUAAAAGUGUAUAUUGCUGCAAAAAUAAUUUUGUUAUUUCAAGUGUUCGACUGCAAGUUGGAAAGUCAGACAACAACUUGCGGAUGGUCAUGAGUUUACCCCGGGCUCUGCCCGGUUUCCUCCACCAUAAUGCUGGCUGCCGUCGUAUAAGUGAAAUAUUCUUGAGUACGGCGUUAAACACCAAUCAAAUAAAUAAAUAAACGUA